AUGUCAUCUUGGGUUGGCGACUGGGGUUUUGAGCCAGAGGUUUCCAGCCUUCUCGAACAUGCUAUAUUGCCUGAAUCAAGAUCAUUGAAAAAGCCUUCAAAUGCAGGUAAUGCCAUGGCUGGGGAGGUUAUAAAUGCUGCUAUAAUUGAGAGCCCCGAAUUUGACUUCAAUGACUAUUUUGCAAGUGCCAACUGUGCCGAUCAAUUAACAAUUUACCAAGGGAACCGUGUUGAUGGACUUCCAUAUGUGCCCCUCGAAUCCCAUGGGUUCAAAAGUAGUUCUCAAUUCCAUGGGGCCAUUAACGAUCCUAUCGGUGUCAACUGGCAAAUCGACGACCGUCGAUCUGCAACAAUAACAACGAGUAGUGGAGGACAGAGCCAAGAGACUGAAGGAGAAAUGGACAUGCAUUUUGCAGAUUGGCCUUCUUAUUUUGAUCUGGACCUCUUUGAGUCGGAGCCAUCUGCAUGUCCUCCGAGCAACAUUAUUUCUGCGUACUCCUUAAGCCCCAGCUGUUCUACAGGAUAA